AUGGCCGCUACUAUGGACAGUCUGAUUGAUGAACUCGUAUCUCAAUUCAAUGGUUCUCUUUCGACGACGGGAGAUGCGCCAAAAUAUAAUGAAGUUCUGGAUUACAUUUUUGAUUCCAGCCACUCCAUCGAGGAAUCGAAGAAGGAUAUGAUUGAAGAAAUUGUUACAAGAUCCUAUCAGGAUCAUUCAGAAUCAAGGGAGCACCUCCAUCAGCUGAUCAAAGACGAUAUCCCAUAUUCUUUAGAAAUAUUCGAAUCGUUGUCUUCUAAGUCUAUUCACGUUUUAAUAGGGACAUUCAAAGAUUUUGAUGAUAUAUCCCCACUACUCUCAGAAAUACAGGCUAGACUCCAUUUAAAGACUGACCCUAAUGUACAUUUUCUAUUAGGUUGCAUUAUACAAGUUUUAAGUAAAUUUAGUAUGGAGUUCAAGGGUGUUAAAUUUAUCGUCAGAGAAUUAUGUCUAAGAAUGAACGAAACAGAAAUCCAAUCAAUGGGUCUAAUCAUAUUUAGUCAAAUUGAAAAGUUAUUUCAUCAAGAGUUCAAUGAUUAUCUUUCAAUUUUUAUUUCAUCUUUAGUCCUUGAAGCAGAAGAAGAAGUGGGUACUGAUACAAUGAUAAAGAUAGCUAACAUAUUGAUUGAAUUGUACCCUGCAUUCACGGAAUUAUGUUCAAGUGUCCUUCUUGGCGAUGAUCUAAACAAGUUGUUGGAAAAACAUGCUAAUGAGAAUCCAAACGAAACAUUCAUAAAACGUUUAUUAGUGCUGUUAUCAGUUGCAUGCAUUGACGAAAAUAUUAGGAUUCAUAUAUCAGAAAAAUAUUUACCCAUUCUAGAGAAAACGUUGAAGCUUAAGGAAUAUGAGGUUUAUUCCUCCUUGGUACUUAUCAAAACCUGGUCUUUUUCAAAGUUGAAAAAUAUUACCAUCCAUGAAAUGGAAAGUAUACUAGCAGAUUCAUGUAUUGCAAAUCGUGAUAUUGUUGAUUCUGAGGAAUUAUCACUCUCUAUGGAAGGUUUAGCAUAUUUAAGUUUGAAAAAUUUUGUCAAAUUGUAUCUAAGACACCACAAAUUCUUUGUUCCUACCUUAAUUGAAUGUAUUAAAAAUAGCAAAUUCAAAGAUCAAAAUCUUUAUGGUGCAUUAGUCAUACUGGCUAAUUUAACGACACCUGCGAACACAGAUUCCAAGGAGAAAUCAAUGAAAGAUUUACAGUUUUAUUCAAAUCUCAAAGAUCCUAAAAAUGAAGAUAAUGGAGACAUCAAAGAUGACCAAAAUGCUAUCAAUUCAUUCAUGUUAGAUUCAUUGCUGAAAUCGGAAUUGAUAUCAUACCUGAAUUCCAAAGCAAAGGACCUGAGUCAAGGUUCAAGACAACAAUUGAUAAGAUUAAUAUACAACAUAACACGAAAUCGGGCUUUUCUGACGACCUGUAUUAAACAUGGCUCUGUGACUAUGCUGUUGGAAUAUUUGGCAAAUAAAAAUGAAAAAGAAAGAUCCAUUAGAAUUCUGGCUUGUAGAGCAUUAGCUAGAAUAUUAGUCUUCACCGAUCCUAGUAUAAUUUUCUACAGAUACUCGUCCUUGAAUUCUUUACCAUACCUUUUUGAAAUGCUUCCCAAUCCAAACGUCGAUAGUACCCAAGCGAAAGAUACUUUGGUAAACAGCGAAGAGUGGCAGACUUCUGAUGUUUUAGAAAGCCUUUUAGCUUUAACUAAUUUGGCUUCAGUCCCAACGUCAGAAGGCGAAGAAGUUUCCAAAGCCAUUGCUUCGAACACAAAUUAUUGGGCUGUUAUUGAGAAUUUGAUGUUAGAUGAAAGUGUACCAUUACAAAGGUCGACCUUAGAAUUGAUUUCGAAUUUAAUGAGUCAUCCUUUAACGAUAGCUUCCAAGUUUUUCAAUUUUGAAAACCCUCAUAGUGUUAAAAAUUUUAAUCUUUUAGUGAAAUUGUUAACUUUGAGUGAUAUCAAUUCACAAAGAGCAGUGGCUGCAAUUUUCGCAAAUAUUGCUAACGCAAUCCCUUUUGUUGCUAAAGAAUUACUUAAACAAGAUGAGUUGAUAAAGACUGCUAUAAACGUGUUUACAGACCAAAUUGACGAUGCUGAUUUGAGAAAAAGAUUACUCAUUUUAUUUUAUGCACUCUUCGAACUGGCUACAAGCGAAAAAGAUCCAGAAUCAUACAAAGACGUCCAAAGAAUUAGAAGCUUCGACGAAUGCUUGAAAUUAAAGGAAGGACUACAAUUUGCAUUGGAAAAGAAAGAUACAGACAGUGAAUUUGCUGAUUUAAUUCCAAUACUUCAAAAAAAGCUUGAAUUUGAGCUAGAAUAA